UUCGCGCCUCGCACUUUUCCCUCCCAACCCGCUCCCGCCAGCGCUGUUCUCUCACCGACAUCAAUUGCGGCCUCCACCAUGAAGAGAAAGGCAGAGAGAAGGAUUGACGCCAAAGUGGCCGUCAAGAAGAGGUCCAAGCCCUCUCUGAGCGCCGCCGAGGCCAAGAAGCGAUUCCGUGCCGGGCUCUUUGACCAGGACGUCCUCGACUCGUAUACCGACCAGUACGCCAAGUCUGCUCCCUACAAGCACGCCGUCAUCAACGGCCUCAUCGACGAUUCCCUCCUCCGAGCCGUGCGCGACGAGAUCAAGGCCAACGUCUCCUUCACCCCCAAGGAGACCGACAUCUACAAGAUCCACCAGUCGGGCGACCUUGCCAACCUCGACGGCCUCGAUGACGAGUCCCUCUCCAAGCUGCCCUCGCUGCUGAGGCUCCGCGACGGCAUCUACUCUGAGGCCUUCCGCAACUACGUCUCCCACAUCACCGACUGCGGUCCCUUGAGCGCCCGCAAGACCGAUCUCGCCAUCAACAUUUACACCCCCGGCUGCUAUCUGCUCUGCCACGACGACGUCAUCGGCAGCCGCCGUGUCAGCUACAUCCUCUACCUCGUCGAUCCCGACACGCCUUGGCAGCCUGAGUGGGGAGGCGCUCUUCGCCUGUUCCCCGUCCAGGAUCUCGAGGACAAGAACGGCGAUGUCGCAAAGACGCCCCUGCCCGACGUCACCAAGGUCAUCCCUCCGGCCUGGAACCAGCUGAGCUUCUUCGCUGUCCAGCCUGGCGAGAGCUUCCACGACGUCGAGGAGGUUUACCACGCAAAAACCAAGGAGGAGCUUGAGAAGCAGGGUGGCCGAGUUCGCAUGGCCAUCAGCGGAUGGUUCCACAUCCCUCAAAUCGGCGAGGAAGGCUACAUCAAGGGCGAGGAAGAGCGGAAUGCUAAGAACAGCGGCCUGAUGCAGCUUCAAGGCAACCCUGCCCAGUACGACAUGCCUCAGCCCCAGGUCGUCAAGGUCGACAACCCCCAAGAGUUCGAUGAAGGCUUUGACGAGUCUGACCUUGAGUUCCUGCUCAAGUACAUGGCGCCCACUUAUCUGACUCCGGAUACUCUGGAGCGCGUCUCAGACCACUUCGACGAAGAAUGCAGCAUCACCCUGCCCGAUCUUCUGUCGAGGAAGUUCUCCAAGAGGCUGAGAGAGUAUGUCGAGGCUGAAGAAAAGAAGCCCGCCCCGGAGGACACCGCCGUCAUCGAGAAGACUUCGGCGUGGAGGGUUGCCAAGCCCCCUCACAAGUACCGCUACCUCUACCAACAACCUAGCGGCCCUGACCAGCUCCGCACCUCUCAAGAGGAGUCGCCUAUUACUGAGCUGUUGGACAUUUUCCUGCCCAGUCGCCAGUUCCGCCAGUGGCUCCAAAUAGCCACCAGGUGCACUGUCGAAACUUCUGACCUCCUCGCCCGGCGCUUCCGCCGCGGUAUGGACUACACUCUUGCCACCGGCCAAGAGGGCAAGGCCCGCCUAGAACUCAACCUCGGCUUCACCCCCACAUCUGGCUGGGGCGAUGAGGAGGAGGAGGAGGAGGAGGAAGAGCCCAAACCCAAGUCCAAGAAAAAGGACGCCAAGGCUAAGGCCAAGGCUAAUGGAAAGGGCAAGAACAAGGGCAAGGGCAAGGGCAAGGCCGUCGAGGUCGAGGAGGAAGAGGAGCAACCCCAGGAGGAGACCGAGGAGGUCGGCGGCCAUGAGGUCUUCAUGGCCGGCGAAGACGACGCCAACGAUGAUGCCGCCAUCUACAAGACCGACGGCGACGACGACAACAUCCUCUUUUACCAGGCCGCCGCCUGGAACAAGCUGACCAUUGUUCUUCGCGACAGCGGCACCCUCAAGUUCGUCAAGUACGUCAGCAAGAAUGCCCCGGGUGAUCGCUGGGACAUCUCGGGCGCCUUUGAUGUUGAGGAGCAAGAUGACGACGAGUCCGAGGAGCAAGACGCAGGCAACGGCGAGGGGGCUGCGCCCAAGGAUUAUGAUUCCGAGGAGGAGUUCCAGGGCUUCUCGGACUCUGUAGAAAGCGAGUCCGACUAAAAAGGUAGUUGCCGAAUUAGAUAAUACCACUGCGUAGCAUAGCAGAGUCUUUCGUUUAGAGUUCUUCAAAAAAAGG